UUUUAGCCACACCCAAUAAUAAUUAAAAUUAGCACCACACGUGGGCAAAAUUUUAGGACUUUAUCUCAUUUUGUCAUUUUCCCAUCUCCUCUGUGAUGGAAGGAAUAGAUGUAAGGAUCCCUAGAGCAAACGACAAAGUCUAUAAAGAAGAAUGCAUCUAUUCUUUUGAUACACCGGAGAGUGAGGAUGGUUUGUAUGUCAGUUUGCAUUCCUUUUAUGGAGUUGGUAAGGACUGGUUGGAUCUUCACUCUCGUAAAACCGGAGAGAAUGUCUACUUGAACAUUAAGAGACGACCGAAGCCAAAACCUAUUGAGGAGGAGCAAGCAACAGACGACCCUCCACCAGAGAAGAAACCAACUCGUUUAGCUAUUGGAGUUGAAGGAGGAUUCACUGGAGGCAUUGAAAAGGUCGAGUAUGAAGAGGAAUAUAAAUUACUUGUUAACUCAAAGCCGAUCCCAUGGCCUUGUCCUGAUCUAAUUGUUCCUCCAAAGGUUCAGGAGAGUGUUAGUGGUAUAUUAGCUGCUGAGUCAGCAAGUAAACAGGAUCAGAUAGCAGCUUGGGAAGAACCCAUGAUAGUAACGAGACAUGCUGAGACACUAGUUCAACUACCAACUGACAAGAAAGUCCCAAUAAGCGGUUGGAAGUGUGAAAGAUGUGACCUUACUAACAAUCUGUGGUUGAACCUCACUGAUGGCAGCAUACUGUGUGGUAGAAGAUAUUAUGAUGGUAAGGGGAAGGUGGAGAAUAUAAUGAGUAUACCAUUAUGUAAAUGUAUUACUCAUUCUCCAGUCACUAGUGAUCAUGUGAUGUGA